GCUGUAGGAUAAGAUCAAUUGCAGCGCCACCGACCUUUACACGUCGAUUCUUUCUGAGUUUAGAACGUAGAAGAAGCCAAAGAAAAUACAGAUAAUAGAUUUGUAAGAUAGAAAUUAAUUAAUGUCUAUCUUUUCUCUGUUUCUUUCUUUUAAGCUUGGAAGCACAUGCACUGUUUUUCUGGUUCUGCUACACCGCUAAACACAGAGAAAGGCACAGCACGAUGACGAUGAAGAUAAUGGUAGCGAUUAAGCGAGUGGUGGACUACGCCGUGAAAAUCAGGGUGAAGGGCGACAAGACAGGGGUGGUGACCCAUAACGUGAAAAUGUCGAUGAACCCCUUCUGCGAGAUCGCGCUGGAAGAGGCCCUCCGCAUCAGGGAGUCUGGCUUGGCCUCCGAGGUUGUCGCCGUCACCAUGGGACCCUCUCAAUCUGUAGACACUCUCCGAACCGGUCUUGCCAUGGGAGCCGACAGAGGCAUCCAUGUCGAGUCAACUGCUUCUCUCUACCCUCUCUCUGUUGCCAAGAUUUUGAGAAAACUCGUCGAGAUUGAGAAACCCGGUCUUCUCAUCCUUGGCAAACAGGCCAUUGAUGACGAUUGCAAUCAAACAGGCCAGAUGAUAGCAGGACUCCUCAACUGGCCUCAAGGCACUUUUGCUUCUAAGGUGGUCCUUGACAAAGAGAAACAGGUUGCCACAGUUGACAGAGAGGUUGACGAUGGUAUUGAAACCGUGUGUCUAAACUUACCAGCAGUAAUAACCACCGAUCUGAGACUGAACCAACCAAGGUAUGCUACUCUUCCCAACAUAAUGAAAGCAAAGUCGAAACCCAUAAAAAAAUUCACUCCGGAGGAGUUGAAUGUAGAAAUCAAAUCUGAUUUGGAGAUAGUUCAAGUCACAGAACCUCCCAAGAGAAAAGCAGGGGUUAUUCUUUCUUCUGUGGAUGAGCUGAUUGACAAACUAAAACAUGAAGCUAAUGUCAUCUAAUUAUUCUCUUCUGUGAAUAAUAUUGUACCAACAUUCUGAUUUUGAUCAAAUGACUCAAUGAAUUAAAUAAUGUUCCUUUUUAAUUUCUUGUAUUUAUCGUAGAUCCUACGUCUAAAUCCAAUCCUGACAGUCGUCUGGUGAAUGGGAACCACUGUUUUGUGGA